UUGGCUCCCGGGAAAGGUUCCACUCCUCCGGGAUAGAGGGGUUGAGUUUUGUAUGCUUCCAUCCAUUCUGCAAGACGCUAAAGGCCUCUCAUCAACCUCUCCUGUGUCCAGGAACACCUCCGUAGUAAUCAUUUGGUUUAUUUGUCUUUUGGAGCUGGAACGCAUUGCCAGAAGUGGUCGAUUCAACUGAACCUUUUUUUUUUUUUAAAUGCAUGUUGUAUGAUGACUCCAGCUUGAGGAGACAUCCCCAAAAACAAAAAGUUUUCUUCAAACGCAUUUCGAAUAAAAAACUUGAAUAAAACAGAAGCAACUACAACCAUAUCCUGCUAUUUGAACGACUUCUUCAACGACUAGGAUCACGUUCCCACCAGCUACAGAGAUAGACUACAGUAACCCAUUCUGUAAAUUGUUCAUGUCGUGCCAACACAGGACGGGCUCAAGGAGACAGGACUUGUGAACUCAACUGGGACUUUUAUUUCGUUUCUACACGUUUAACUACAACAAACUUAUUUUACUGUUAUUUGUCAACCACCAAGAAGGAAAAAUUGCUCUUCAACAACUACCUUCCUAUUACUCUCAUUUGGCUGGAGCGGGUUUGUACGAAACUGUUUUAAUGUUUGGAAUUCAGGAAAAUAUAGGCUUACCUAGAGGAGGGACGACUAUGAAAGAGGAACCGCUGGGCAGCGGGAUGAACUCGGUCCGCUCGUGGAUGCACACAUCUGGGGUAGUGGAUGCGAACACAGCCGCCCAAAGCGGUGUGGGUUUGGCUCGGGCACACUACGAGAAGCAACCACCGUCCAACCUCAGAAAAUCCAACUUUUUCCACUUCGUUCUUGCGCUGUAUGACAGGCAAGGGCAGCCCGUGGAGAUCGAACGGACAGCUUAUGUGGACUUUGUGGAGAAGGACAAAGAACCAAACAGUGAAAAAACUAACAAUGGGAUACACUACAAACUACAGUUAUUGUACAGCAACGGUGUCAGAACAGAACAGGAUCUUUUCGUACGAUUAAUCGAUUCCAUGACAAAACAGGCUAUAAUCUAUGAAGGUCAAGAUAAAAACCCAGAGAUGUGCCGAGUGCUUCUCACACACGAAAUCAUGUGCAGUCGGUGUUGUGAUAAGAAGAGUUGUGGCAACAGGAACGAGACUCCUUCAGACCCCGUUAUCAUCGACAGAUUCUUCUUGAAAUUCUUCCUCAAGUGCAAUCAGAACUGCUUGAAGAAUGCAGGAAACCCACGAGACAUGCGCAGAUUCCAGGUUGUUGUAUCAACAACGGUCAAUGUGGACGGUCACGUCCUGGCGGUCUCAGACAACAUGUUUGUCCAUAACAACUCCAAGCACGGCAGAAGGGCUCGACGUCUAGACCCUUCUGAAGGUACGGACCCUCCUUAUCUCUAUCAUGCAGCUACCCCCUGCAUCAAAGCCAUCAGCCCUAGUGAAGGAUGGACCACGGGAGGAGCCACAGUCAUCAUCAUAGGAGAUAACUUCUUUGACGGUCUCCAAGUUGUGUUCGGGACGAUGCUUGUGUGGAGUGAGCUGAUUACACCCCAUGCCAUCAGAGUGCAGACCCCACCCAGGCACAUCCCAGGAGUCGUGGAAGUCACCCUCUCCUACAAGUCCAAGCAGUUCUGCAAAGGGGCUCCUGGACGAUUUGUCUACACUGCUUUGAACGAGCCCACCAUUGACUACGGCUUCCAGAGGCUACAGAAGGUUAUUCCCAGACAUCCAGGAGAUCCAGAGAGGUUACCGAAGGAGGUGUUGCUGAAGAGAGCAGCUGACCUUGUGGAGGCUCUGUAUGGAAUGCCCCACAACAACCAGGAGAUCAUCUUGAAGCGAGCGGCCGACAUCGCCGAGGCCCUGUACAGCGUCCCACGUAACCACAACCAGAUCCCUUCACUGGGCAACACGGCGUCGCACGGCGGCAUGAUGGGGGUCAACUCGUUCGGCAGCCAGCUCGCCGUCAACGUCUCAGAAACAUCACAGGGUAAUGACCAGGUAGGAUACAGCCGUCAAACCAGCAGUGUGUCCCCUCGAGGCUACGUCCCCAGCAGCACCCCACAACAGGCCAACUACAACACCGUUAGCAACAGCAUGAACGGCUACGGCAACCCCAUGUCCAAUCUGGGAGUACCCAGUUCACCAGGCUUCCUCAACGGCUCCUCUGCCAACUCCCCCUACGGCAGUAAGUAUCAAGUAGUGCCGUCGAGCCCUACCAUGGCAGCCUCUUCGGUCAGCCUCUCUUCAAACUGUAGCAGUACACACGGCAUUUUCUCAUUCUCACCUGCCAAUGUCAUCUCUGCAGUGAAACAAAAGAGCGCCUUUGCCCCUGUUGUAAGGCCCCAAGCUUCUCCACCACCUUCUUGCACCAGUGCAAAUGGCAAUGGACUUCAAGCGAUGUCCGGCCUCGUUGUCCCACCCAUGUAAAUUCAACACUCUUCUUCCUCUCCGAGCACCAGUCGUCACAAAAGGGGCUGCAGGGGGACUUGUUUAGUACCUUUAGAAGAUUCUGGUUGAAUCUAUGUCAUCAAUCAUGAAUAAAAUCAACAACAUAUUCUGUUUAUUCAGAGGAGGGAAAAAAAAGACUGUUUCAAAGAUUUUAUUCAAACAAUUAUGAAUUGUGACAUGCAAGCAACUUUGUCAUUAACAAUUUAAUUUUACUGACUGAUUUCUUGUCAUAUUUUACAAUUUCUCAGUCUCGAAGAAAGGAAGGAAGAAAAAUUGCUAUUUUGUAUAAAAGUGUCUGGUUUGAUCUUGGCUUUGUCUAGUUGUUGCUAUGUGUUGGGAGAAUCUUUGAGGAUGAUCAAUUUGAUGAACAACACUGAUGACAAUACCUCAGAAUACGUUUCUCUUCACACGAUGCACAGCAGUUGAGUAUCUCUAUAAUGUGAAUUCCUUAUUUCUUUCUCUUUUUUAAUUUGUGGUAAGAGAAAAGGGGGCCAAGACAGUGUGAACACAUUUACAACUGGAAAUAAUAUCAAAUAUAUGAUAAAAAAAAAAAAAACAUUAACAUGAAGAAGUAAAUACCAAUAAUCUGAGUGGCUGACAGAGGACAUUUCAUAAUGCCUACUUACUUUAUCAACAAAA